GGAGGGAUCGGCCUGCUUGCGCUCCUCAUGGCUGAGAAAAGGCAGAAUGAGUUGCUAAAAGCCCGAAACAGGACCCUGAGCGUCUUCCGCGAAGAAGCAGAACGGGAAUGGAAGGCCCCUUUCUAUUUUAUUCAAGGGGCAGACCCUCAGUUUGGACUGAUGAAGGCCUACAGCAUCGGCGAUUGCAACAGCGGUGGGGACGAAUGGGAAGCCGAAUUGCAACUCACCCGACAAGCUGUGGAAGCCAUUAACCACCUGAACCCGCCACCCAAAUUCUUUGUCCUCUGCGGAGAUUUAAUACACGGCAUGCCUGGGACAGAAUGGCGGGAGGCCCAAAUUCGAGAUCUAAGAAACGUCCUGAAGGACCUUCGAAGCGACAUCCCUCUGGUUUUCGUCAGCGGCAAUCACGACCUGGGGAAUACGCCCACGCCGGAGACGAUCAGCGAUUAUUGCCAGCAGUGGGGUGACGAUUACUUCAGCUUUUGGGUCGGUGGCGUCUUCUUUCUCGUGUUGAAUUCCCAGCUGUAUUUCGAUGCUUCUCAGUGCUCAGAACUAAAGGCGGUGCAGGACGCGUGGUUGGAGCAGCAGUUGGCCGUGGCGGGGGAAAAAAAAUGCCGCCACGCCGUCGUCUUUCAGCACAUCCCCUUCUUCGUCAACGAACCUGAAGAGGACCACAACUACUUCAAUUUGGAGAAGGCUGUUCGACACGAACUCCUGGAGAAAUUCUGCCGAGCAGGUAUUAAAACAGUAUUUUCUGGACACCUUCACAAGAAUGCUGGAGGAACAUACAAAGAUCUGGACAUGAUCAUUUCAUCGGCCAUCGGAUGCCAGCUAGGAGAUGACAGCCACGGCGUGCGGAUGGUGGGGGUCACCGCGGAAAAGAUCGUCCAUCGAUAUUACAGUCUGAGCGAGCUGAGUAACCAUCCGAAAAUCGAAAAAGAGUUUAUGGCGUUGAUAAAACCAAAUUAGUUCUAGGUUCUGAGUAGCAUUUAUCUUUCCGUUUCCGUAAUUUUGGUUU